CUGCAUACAUUCUCGCCUUCCUCGAUCCAAGCCCUGCAAUCUCUGAUCUUUUACAUGGCACUACGCGUGCUCUUCUUGAUUCUGGCGCUCCUCGCAGCUGCCCGUGCCUCCUCCCCUGCCGCGAGCCCCGACGCGGCGUCGCUGCUCGCCUUCAAGUCGGCGUGCGCUGGAGCCGGGCGUGGCACUGGCACCGCCGCGCUCGAUUCCUGGACGGAGUCCACUGACCCCUGCUCCGGCGAGUGGUGCGGCGUCACUUGCCAAAGGUCGUCCUCCUCCUCCGCCACUUCCCGUGUCCGUCGUGUUGUUCUCGAGGGCCUCGGCCUUGCUGGGCAUGCCGGCGCCAUCGCGGCGCUCGCUGAUCUCCCUUCGCUCUCGUUCCUCAGCCUCAAGAACAACACUUUCACGGGAUCGCUCCGUGACGUCGACUUCUCUCCCUUGGCGCCGCACCUCAAACUCCUUUACCUCUCCGGAAAUGGCUUCUCCGGGCGGUUCCCUGAGUCCAUCCUACGACUUCGCCAUCUGCGCCGCCUAGACCUCUCCGGCAAUCGACUUGCUGGCACCAUUCCGCCGGAGAUCGGCCAUCGCCUCCGCGCGCUCGUGACACUGCAUCUGGCACGCAAUUCGUUCGUCGGACGCGUGCCCAGCUCUCUGGAGUCGAUGCCAAAGCUAGCCGAGUUCAACGUCUCCGGUAACAAGCUCAGCGGGCAGAUUCCAAACCACCUCGCCGCGGCUUUCCCGGCGUCAUCGUUUCUGGGCAACCCCGAGCUCUGCGGUGCCCCGCUGCGCCGCCGGUGCGACAGACAGCAGCAGAGAGUGCACGCCGGCGGACAGGGGAGGAGGAGUUCCCACGACCGGUGGAUGGUGGUAAUGAUAAUGGCGGCGGUGGGCGCAGCUGUCGCCACGCUGAUCGCCGCGGCACUGUGCGCCGUGCUGUGCUUGAAGAACAAGAAGUCGACGCGGCCGCGCGCCAACUCGCGCACCAGCUCGAUGUCGGCGUCGCGGGAGGAGACGGUGCGCUUCGACGGGUGCUGCGAGGAGUUCGACGUGAGGGCGCUCAUGAUGGGAGCCGCGGAGAUGCUGGGCAAAGGCGCCGCCGCGACGACAUACCGCGUGGUCAUGGGAGGCCAGCACGACGUGGGCGACGCCGGCGUCGAGGAGACCAAGGGCGACGAGGUGGUGGUGAAGAGGCUGAGGAGGAGAGAAGGCGCGACCCGGGAGGACGAGGGCCGGAGGAGGGAACUGGCGAGGGAGAUGGGCUCGUGGCGGCACGCCAACAUCGUCGACCUGCGCGCGUUCUACGCGUCGGAGGAGGAGCUUCUCCUCGUCUUCGACUACAUCCCCAACGGCAGCCUCCACAGCCUCCUGCAUGAGAACAGGGGACCGGCACGAGCCCCUCUGGACUGGCAGACGAGGCUGAGGCUGGCGCAGGACGCGGCGCAGGGCCUCGCCUACCUCCACGGCGUAUCCGGCUCCAGGCUCGCCCACCGCCACCUCACCUCCUCCAACAUCCUCAUCGACGCCGGCGGCACCGCGCGCGUGUCCGACUUCGCGCUGCUCCAGCUGCUCGUGCCGGCGCCACCGCCAGAGAAGGCCCUGCAGAAGCAGGACGUGCGCGACUUCGGGGUCAUCCUGCUGGAGAUACUCACGGGCCGGUCGCCGGAGGACGGCAACGUGGACAUCCUGCGGUGGGUGCGGACGGUGGUGCGGGAGGAGUGGACCUCCGAGGUGUUCGACGUGGAGCUGCUGCGGACCAGGGGCGCGGAGGACGAGAUGGUGGCGCUCCUCCAGGUGGCGCUGCUCUGUGCCGCCGACGACCCGAGGGAGCGGCCGAGGAUGGCUGUGGUGUCCAAGAUGAUCGAGGACAUCAGGGACAGGGGGAGCAAGAGGAGCAAGUGCUCUGCUUCUCCAUCGCAAGCUGGGUGUUCCUACGACUCGUCUCCUUGCGCGUCUGAGGGCACCACCAAGUCUACCACCGCCUCAAGCUCUUGAUCCUGCGCACAAGUCACCAGGAGUUGCUUGCAUGCUCCUUUCCGGCAGGCGGGAUUUACAGGAGUUUUACGGGCUAGGCUGAGGUGGGGUGUGUUGAUUGGUUAUUAAGAUGAAGCGGCCCCACCCUGAAAGUCAGGGGGAGAUUAGGGAGGGGAGAAGGUUAGUCCGUUAAUUUUUGUAAAAGUUUCCCGUACGUCUAGCAUUCUUGAACAUUUUUUGUAAAAGUUUCCGUUGGGGAUGUACGUCUAGCGGGCCUCGUCUAGUAUUCAUAGUAUUUAAAUGUUCAAAACAAGAUCAAUUUUAAACAUUUUUGAAAAAAAUCAAAUUCAAAUUAUGAAACUUAUA